AUGACGACGACGAGCAUCACACGAGCCGUGCCGCUCGCGCAGCGUCCGUUCGACAUACUCUUCGUGCUCUUCUUCGCCGUCCACGUGCUCACUGCCGUUCUCAUCGACGCGCAGAUGCUGCUGCCACGUGCCCUCUUCCCAGAGGCGUUGCGCCGUGCCGUGACGUGGCACGUCGAGACCUCUGGGGACUUCCUUGUCGGCUCGCCCCAGCCAUGGUUCCUCUCCCUCGUCAUUUCUCAGUUCCUGCUACAUGUCCCUUUCUUCUUCGCAGCUAUCUACGCCUUCUGCACUGGCAGGGAGUGGAUCCGUGUGCCGGCUAUUGCCUACUCUGGCCAUGCCAUCACCAACAUGAUUCCCAUUCUCUCAGAGAUCGCGCUGAGCCCAUCCCCCUGGUCCACGCGUCAGAAGCUGCUAGCCGUCUACCUGCCCUUCCUCGCAGUGCCCUGCCUGCUGCUUGCCAGAGUCACUCUGCCUUCGUCUCUCCUCCAUAAGAAAUUCGUGCAUGCCAAGAGGUUGUGA